AUGCUCUGGCGCACCCUUCAGCCCAGGGGACUCACCGGAAGUCUGCGCCGCAUCUCGCCCGUCUGCAGUUCCAUCUCAUCGCAGAAGCCAUGGCUCAAUAGGGGAGGACGCACCGCAAGGCCGAACUUGGCCUCACACAGCCGCUUACGGCUCUACAGCGCCAGCGCCUCUGGUUUCUCCCCAAUAGACGAUACGGUCUAUGCUCUGUCAACGGCGCAGGGGAGGGCAGCCAUCGCCGUCAUCCGUGUCUCGGGACCCUCCUGCCUGGAUGUAUACAAGGCUUUAUGCCCAGGAAAGGUGGUCCCAAGGCCUAGAGUGGCCACAGUGCGCUCUCUGUACGACCCUGAGGCUUCCUCGGCAGACGCCUCGGCCGUCCUGGACGCAGAGGCCCUAGUUCUCUAUUUCCCAGGUCCCAGAACUGUGACAGGUGAUGAUGUGCUAGAGCUCCAUGUACACGGCGGCCCUGCCACUGUCAAGUCUGUCCUAUCCGCGGUGCCUCGCUGCAUACCCACGCCAUCUGACGGCGAGGGCCCGCCGCGCAUAGUUCGCUAUGCCGAGCCCGGAGAGUUCACCAAGCGAGGCUUUGUCAACGGUCGUCUAGACCUAGCCCAGAUUGAGUCCCUGAGUGACACGCUGGCUGCCGAGACGGAGCAGCAGCGCCGAGCGGCCGUCCGCGGCAAUUCUGGUCGUUUGGGACGCACGUACGACGGAUGGCGCGAGCAACUAAUCUAUGCGCGUGGCGAGAUCGAGGCUCUAAUUGACUUUUCCGAGGAUCAGCAUUUCGACGAGCCGCAGUCAGAACUUCUCUCCAGUGUCACCUCGCAGAUUGAGUCGAUGCUGCAUAGCAUCAAUCUACAUGAGCAAGGCAGCCAACGAAGUGAGCUUCUUCGCGGGGGCAUCCGUAUCGCACUCUUGGGUCCGCCCAAUGUGGGGAAGAGCUCCCUGAUGAACUUGGUGGUUGGCCGUGAAGCGUCUAUCGUGUCGGGCGAGGCUGGCACGACACGCGACAUUGUCGAGGCCAGCCUCGACAUGCGUGGGUACCUAUGCUGCUUUGCCGACACGGCCGGCGUCCGAUCAUCUGGAGACGAUGGGUCAGUGGGUGCCAUCGAGGAGGAAGGCAUCCGCCGAGCUAUGAAGAAGGCUCGAGAGGCCGACGUAGUUAUAGUCUUGGCAUCGGUUGAGCAAGGCCCCGGCGGUCCAGCCAUCUGCUUUGAUGAGAGGACGCUCGACCUGGCCGCUCAGGCCAAGUCCAGCAUAGCGGUCCUCAACAAGAUCGACGCCGUGAGUCCAGAGAUAUUGAAGACUCUGAUAGAUGAAUUCCAGCAGACUGUUGCCAAGUGGAGUCCCGAACUAGCAGCCGGCGGCGUGGUGGGGAUAUCUUGCAGGCAGGCCGAGGCCGCGGGGAGUGUGGUCGGAGCAAAAGACCUGGGUGGCAUACAGUCCCUCAUCGACGGCCUGGUGUCCUGCUUCUCGCGCAUGACGGCCAUGCCCGUCGACAUGCAGGACCUGUUGGGCGUGACAGAGAGGCAGCGGCAGCUGCUGGUCAAGUGUCGUGGGCACCUCGAGGACUUCAUGGCCGAAGCGCGGCCUGACGAUGACUCUGAGAGGGAUUCCGACGCGGUGCUGGCGGCUGAACACCUCCGUUACGCGGCCAAUUGCCUGUCUCGUAUUACGGGGAGGGGUGAUGCUGGUGAUGUGGAGGAUGUGCUAGGCGUCGUUUUUGAAAAGUGA